ACCGUUAUUUGUUUUGGCAAAAGCGGUAAAAGCUAUCUGUUCCUAUCUGUUUUAUCCGGGGGCAUGGCUGCCAGAGGGUCAUUCGUCCCCAAUAUGAUUAUCUAAUUAUACAACCAAGCAACAAGCGAUUAACCGUGUCUAAUUUGUUUUAUCUUUGUUUAUCUUUCUUUUAUUAUCAUAUUUUCUUUAUAGUCAAAUUAUAUUAUGAUGUGUAAAUUGUUACAAGUUAUUAAAAAACGUCAUGCAACGAAAUAGAGUUUGUUAUCAACGAAUUAUUUAAGAAAUUUGAGUGGAGGAAUGAUAGGUCAAUGGCUGGCAAUUGUGAGGAUUUAGUGGACUGUGGAUUAAUAGAAGCAGAAAGAGACUGGAUCACAUCUGUUUUCAAACAAUACAGAGUAUCCUAUACACGUGGAUUUAUACCAGAUGAAGACCCAAUGCUUGAAUUUACCAAUCCAUACUUCUCUCCCUGGGAUGAGAUCUUCAAGAAUAUAACUCAUCUGAUUCAAUGUAAAAAGCUCCGAGAAGUUGUGGAGAAUAUGCCAUUACUGGAUCAUACCAGGCUUAUCAGCCACCAGGAAAGGGCCAGAGCUUCGCUGGUUCUCUCAGCUCUUGGUAAUGGAUAUGUCUGGCAAAAUGGUGAACACAAUCCAGUUAAGGUUAUUCCGAAAUGUUUGGCUAUCCCGUGGGUCGCUGUUGCCAAGUUUACGGGUACCUGUCCAGUCAUUUGUCACUGGGAUCUGGUUCUUAAUAAUUGGAAAAUCAAGGAUAAAACAAAACCUCUGAAUAUUGACAACGUCGAGACACAGUUUCUUUUCACGGGGUUUAAAGAUGAGUUUUGGUUUGAUGGUGUUACGUGGCAGUUAGAGUUAGACGCCGUUCCUGGCAUUAAAAGCGUGGUUGCUGCUCAAAAGGCUGUUACGGAUGACAACAUCGAAUUAAUGAAGACGUGUUUGGUGAUUUUACGAAAAACGAUUGAACGGUUGAAGGAAACGCUCUCAAGAAUGCUUGAACACUGUCGGCCAGAAUUCUUCUAUGGGAAAAUACGGAUAUUUUUAGCUGGUUGGAAAAACUACGAAACAUUUCCUGAAGGAUUGUUUUACGAAGGAGUCGAUUCAAAACCGAUGCAGUUUUCAGGCGGAAGUGCAGCUCAAAGUACUACGUUUCAGAUAUUUGACGCCGUUCUGGGAGUUGUUCAUCCAAAAGUUGAAGAUGGAGAAAAAUCCUUUUUGGAAUCCAUGUUAGAUUAUAUGCCUCGGUGGCACAGAGAGUUUGUUUUCUACGUAAGAAAUGGCCCAUCAGUCCGUGACUAUGUACAGAAUUGCAAAUGUGAUGUUCUGAAGAAACUUUACAACGAUUGUGUUGAAAGUCUACAGAAGUUUCGAAGUUUUCACAUUCAAAUUGUAACCAGAUACAUCAUCAACCAAGCAAGGAAAGGCGAACACAGUGGAAUAAAGAUGUUGGCAAGUCAAGGAACUGGAGGAACAGGAAUAAUGCCAUUUUUAAAAGGUGUACGAAAGGAAACCGCUGAUGUUAAGAUUUCCCGGACUAACGAAACUCACGAUUUAUGUAAAUAAAUGAGAGCGAGCUGGGAAUUGCCAAACCUUCUCUUUCGUAUUGUAAAUUAUUUAUCGUGUUCCUUAAACUAAUAAAGGCAUAACACCACA